UCUGUUCAAGGUCAUGCAGCUAAGUUUGCAGCAAACACCAUCCUAUAGAGCAGAUCGGACGAUGAGAACAUGCUAGCUGACUCUGACACAACAUCAGAACUCUCAGCCGACAUACAAAAUUUUUCAUUAUUUAUUAGCUCAUGGAAUGUUGGAGGCAUUGCACCACCUAACGACUUAAAUAUGGAGGGCUUGCUUGAUACUCGAAACAACUUGGCUGAUAUUUAUGUUCUCGGGUUUCAAGAAAUUGUACCUCUGAAUGCUGGAAGUGUUAUAGUGCCAGAGAACACAAUGUUAUGCAUGCAAUGGAAUUCUCUUAUUAGAACAGCUCUGAACAAGAUAGCUGUCAACAACAUCAUCCUUCAGAAGGUAGAGGAAGAAGAAAAUCAAAAGGUUUACCCACCAAACAAAGAGAGUUCCUCACAUUUUGAAUGCAUAAUUAGCAAGCAAAUGGUGGGAGUUUUUAUUACCAUAUGGGCGAGGUCUCCACUCCUUCCAUAUAUCAGGCAUACAAGUGUCUCCUCUGUAGGCUGUGGUAUAUUUGGCUACCUCGGAAACAAGGGUUCAGUGUCGGUUAGAUUUUGCUUGCAUGAAACAAGCUUCUGCUUUGUGUGUAGUCACUUAGCUUCCGGAGGAAAAGAAGGAGAUGAGAGACAGAGAAAUGCAGAUGCCUCCCAAAUACUAUCACGCACAAGAUUUCCUUGUGACUCAUUUCAGCAUUUGCCAAGAAAAAUUCUACAGCACGAUAGGGUGAUUUGGCUAGGAGACCUGAAUUAUAGGAUUUAUUUACCUGAAGCCGUAACAAGAUCUUUAGUCAACGGCAGGCAGUGGAGCAUCUUAUUACAAAAGGAUCAGCUGAAGGCCGAGCUAAGAGAAGGCUGUAUUUUCAAAGGUUGGCAAGAGGAAGAAAUUGAGUUUGCACCAACAUACAAAUAUUAUCCAGAUUCUGAUGAUUAUUAUGGCUGCAAUCAGAACGAGAAAAGGGGAAAGAGUCGAGCCCCAGCUUGGUGUGACCGGAUUAUAUGGUUUGGCAAGGGACUGAAGCAAAGCCAGUAUAAUAGAGGUGAGUUUAGAUUGUCAGACCACAGACCAGUAUGGGCAACUUUCACGGCAGAGGUCAAGGUUCUAUCACCAUUAUAUUAGAGGACUUAGAAGGCCUUGCCAAACAGUUUUGAAAACUUUGUGAAGCAGUUAUAAAUUUCUAAUAAUGGCAAUAGUGACAGAUUAUCGUGUAUUCAAGAUAUCCCAUAACAUCAGCAACAUUCAAACAAAAACACCAAAAGAACACAAUAGUUGGGAAAAGGGAUAGUGAGAAAAGAAAUUAAGUGCCCAAAAUUUGGGUCCUAAAUAAUUAGGUCAAUACACCUACUAUAACAUUUUGUUUUAUAAGUUUCUCUAUUGUUGGGAACGUAAGGGGACAGCAAGGGGAUGAUGAACUUUCUGGCUGAUUCAUGUCAAGCUUUUCUCGAAAAUAAGGAAAAAGAAAAAAGGGAUUAUGGGAAGGUGAG